GACCCUGUGCAACCCAUUCCCUUUGGAGAAAACUCCGAACAGUGCAUAAGUUGGACGAAUUCGUCAUUGAAUUCUUUUGAGGUACAAAUUCGCGUUAAAACCGUUUUGCCUGGAAGUAGGAAGGCCAGCAGUUUGUGGCGGAAGUGCUGCGCAUUGCGCGUGUGAUAUUUGUAGUAACCGAAAGCGGUUAAAAGUGCCCAAAAUUGGGGAUUAAAGAUCGUGAAAUUGAGAGACUAUACCUUCGUUCGCCUUUUUUCUAGUGCGUGGAGUGUUGGAAGAAAGAAGAAGAAGAGCAAUACCAGGACAGCUGAGAAUAAGAAGAAGAAGAACAAGCGAAGCGAAAAAGAGAGUUAUCGUUGUGUGCGAGUGGUGAAAUCCCAAGCCCUGCAAGUUCAUUACGGUCACAAUCGAUAGGAGGAAGAUUCGCCGUAAAGCGGAGUGUCCCCCUGUGCCCCCUUGCCAGAGCGCGAUACUCACAAAGUGUAGAACACUAGAAUAAAAGACUCCCUAAGUGUGGUUCCCAAUCGGUUUUUUGGCACGUUUCAUCUUAGCAUCGCAGGAACGCAGAAGACAAAAAACCAUACGAACGCUGGUAGUAAUAUGAGUAAUGCUAUUAACCAAAAUGGUACAGGUCUAGAGCAGCAGUUUGCUGGUCUGGACUUGCAGCAAUCGCAGUGCGUGCAAGAUUCGGGUAAUUUGAAAUCUUCGUCUGCUCGUUACGUUCCACCUCAGCUGAGAAGUGGCCGUGGUGGUGGUGGCGGCGGCGGUCCUGAGAACGAUAAUCAAUCCGGCCGUGGAGGUGGUGGCUACGACCGUGGCGGCCGUGGUGGCGACGAUUAUUCCGGAGGAUCAAGAUACGGCAACCGUGACCGCGGAGAUUACUACGGUAACCGUGACUUCAACCGUGGUCGUGGUGGUGGUGGCGGCGGUGGACGCUACCAGGACAACUAUAACCGAGGUUUUGGCGGUGGUGGUGGAGGUUACAACCGUGGACCCCCACCAGACCGUGCCCCAGAACAAGAUUUGCAACAGCAACAACAACCGACUGCAGAAUUUCAGCAAAAUGGCGCUGAACCAGUUAAUGAUCAAUUUGUCGAUCGUGGCGAGCAACCGAGAGGCGGUGGUAAUUGGAAUAACAAUGCACGUGGUGGCCGCCCAGGAGAUUUCCGCGAUCGGCCAAUGGAUAAUCGUCCGCCGCAGAACGACAGAUGGCAAGAACCACCAUCCAAUGGAGAAAACAGAGGAGGAUACGGUGGAGGUGGCUACGGAGGCUAUCGCGGUGGAAGAGACGAUCGCGGACCGGGUAUGGGGGGACGCUGGAACGACCGCCCCAGAGGAGACAUCGACUACACGCAGCUUACCGAGCGUGAUGAGCGUUUGGAAAGUGAGCUCUUCAAACACGGUAACACCGGUAUCAAUUUCAGCAAGUACGAAGAUAUUCCCGUGGAGGCGACGGGUGAUUCCGUACCACAGCAUAUUAACACCUUCGAUGACAUUGAGCUGACAGAGAUCAUCGACAACAAUGUUAAAUUAGCGCGCUACGAUGUACCGACACCGGUCCAGAAGUACGCUAUCCCUAUUAUUAUGUCUGGACGCGAUCUGAUGGCUUGUGCUCAGACAGGAUCUGGCAAGACAGCCGCAUUCUUGGUUCCCAUUUUGAAUCAGAUGUACAAGCAUGGAGUUGCUCCUGCACCGACUCGUCCAUCCAAUCGACGCAAGCAAUUCCCACUUGGUUUGGUGUUGGCACCAACUCGUGAGUUGGCCACCCAAAUAUUUGAAGAAUCUAAGAAAUUCUGCUAUCGCUCCCGCAUGCGUCCUUGCGUACUCUAUGGUGGAAACAAUACUCAGGAGCAAAUGCGUGAGCUUGAUCGUGGCUGUCAUCUGGUCGUUGCUACGCCGGGUCGCUUGGAAGAUAUGAUCAUGCGUGGUAAAGUUGGACUCGACAAUAUUCGUUUCCUUGUUCUUGAUGAGGCCGAUCGUAUGCUGGACAUGGGAUUCGAGCCACAAAUUCGUCGUAUCGUUGAAGAAAGCAAAAUGCCACCGACCGGAGAACGCCAAACUUUGAUGUUCUCAGCCACGUUCCCGAAAGCGAUCCAGGAGCUAGCUAGCGAUUUCCUUCACAACUACAUCUUUUUGGCCGUUGGUCGUGUUGGAUCCACUUCUGUCAACAUCACUCAGUCGAUCUUCUGGGUUGAUGAAAACGACAAGCGCUCACACUUGCUAGAUCUACUAUCGAACAUCAAAGCACAGAACGAAGGCGACGAGAAAGACUGUCUAACGCUUAUCUUCGUGGAAACCAAGAAAUCCGCUGAUUCGUUGGAAGAAUUUCUUUAUCACUACAACCACCCUGUCACCAGCAUUCAUGGUGAUCGUACCCAGAAGGAACGAGAAGACGCACUCAAGUGUUUCCGCUCUGGACGAUGCCCGGUUCUGGUUGCAACGGCAGUGGCAGCCCGUGGCUUGGAUAUACCGAACGUCAAACAUGUUAUCAACUUUGAUUUGCCAGCCGAAAUCGAAGAGUACGUGCACCGUAUUGGUCGUACCGGACGUAUGGGUAACCUGGGUAUUGCUACCAGCUUCUUCAACGAUAAAAACCGCAAUGUGGCCAAUGGAUUAGUUAGACUGCUACAGGAAACCCAGCAGGAGAUUCCGUCAUUCCUGGAAGAUAUGACCAGUGAUCGCUCGUGGGGAAGCCGUGGACGUGGAGGUGGCGGCCGCAAUCAGCGUUAUGGAGGAUCCAGCUCUACGUUCGGUUCCAGGGAUUACCGUCAACAAAGUAGCCGUGGCAAUACCCGCGAUCAGCGAAGCGGAGGUGGCGGCGGCCGAAGCGGUGGUUAUGGCGGAGGUGGUGGCGGCUAUGGUCGUGACGAAGGAAGCUACUAUCGCAAUGGAGGCGGUGGUGGCGGCGGCGGCGGCGGAGGCGGUGGUAGUUAUGGUGGCAGCUACAGCAACAGCAACAGCGGUGCCGCCAGCGAUUGGUGGAACGAGUAAAGCAACAAUUUCCGCGUUGGAGAACCGGGAAUUCAAUUUCCAACAGGCUUAUGGAAAUAACUUGAAAGAUAAAAGAAUACACAAACACAACAUCUAUAACACACAUAGUACACAGCAGAUACAAAUGAACCCACACUAAAUUAUCGUUACAAAAAUGCAAAAGCAAAAAAAGAAAAGAAAUAGUUUAUUAUCAGACAACCAGUCAGAGAGUAGAGAAAAUGUCAUCCGUCAAACAAACAAAAAAACAUAUUUCUUUUCAGUCUAUGCAGCCGGCUUAAUGGAAUAGAAGAUAAACGAAGAAAGGCACUCGCCCUUUAAACAAUUUGCAUAAGGGCAAAUAUAAAGUUAGUAAAGCAUAUUAUUUAUAUUGAUCUAAUUAACCAACAGACACGUUUUAAAAACAACAACAACAAAAAUCUUACAACUGGCUCGCUUGGAAAAAGAUAAACAAAACUGAACAUACUUGCAAGCAAACAUUACAAUUGGAAUAUCAGGAAAACAUUAUUCACCAACAUAAUACAAAUAUAUACAGAGAAAACAAAAUCAAGAUCUUACAUCAACAGAACCAUUGAGAAAAGUUAAACAUCCGUUGGGCAAAAAAAAAUCUAAACAAGGGUUACCUUCGCGGAAAUUCUGCCAAUCGCUUCUUCCAAACCGUUGACACUAUUCUGAACGGGUUAACUAACACACACACGAACUAGAGAACUGUGAAGUGAAUUUGGGACGCGCGGUGAUAAAUACACAAAGUACUAUUAAAACGAACAAGAAGUGAUAUAGUGCAGAACGAAAAGGACUGUCUGUAAACAUCAGAAUUAGGAAGUAUAAAAAAAGGUAGAAUUGGUAUAACAUCGUCAAGCACAGAACUAAAUUUGGAAACCAUGAACAUUUGAUAUAAAACAAAACACACAACUGUUGCACUUUUCCCAGUACUAUUUUCAUUAAUAGAGUAAAACUACUAUGCUGACAGGAUAACACAACAGAAAUAGCAGCAACAAAGGUCAAAAAUAGACAAUUCUAUGCAGAAGGUAAACAAGAAAAA